CCCAAGUCAGGCACUAAGUGUAUAUUUAAAUUAGCUUCCACGCUGAAAUACAGGCCUGUGUCACUCUCAUCUUCAAAGCAAGGAUUCUCCCUCCGCGUCUUCAUCUCGCUUGUGUGAGGGUUAUCAGGCCGAUGGGUGGAGGCUGUGCUGAAGGUCAGUAUCGGGAUGCUUUGGUGGGGUGUAUGGACUGUCUGGGGACAUGUCAGAAAUCACUUGUAAUCAGCAGAUGCAGAAGUUUCUGUGAGGCUGUAAAUUGUAAGACUCAACCUGGCCACUACUACGAUAAGCUGCUAAACAAAUGUAUAAAGUGUAAAGAGAUCUGCGGCACACAUCCUCCAGAAUGCGCCUCACACUGCCAGACUGAAGUUGCCACAGGACCCUCCACACUGACAGAUUCUGAUAUCCGCAUCUACUCCCUGCUGGCUGUGUGCCUGGCGCUGCUGUUUUCUAGUUUGUUUCUGGCCUUAGUAGUCUUUCUCAGAGGAGGCAAGGCCAAAACCUCUAACCCAGGACCCACACAGGUCAGUAAAUCCAAGAAGAAGAAGGAGAGCGAGGGCAGGCCGGGACAGGAGACUGGUAUUCCAGCUAGGCAACUGGGAAAAAGCUCCAAAGAUAUUCUAACGUCUCCGAGCUGCCCCGUUAACCUCGAGCCAUCAGACGACACCCUGCCGACAGAGACAUGCGUGUGUGUCCACUGCUUCCCCGACAUGAACAUGCGAGGCCCGGCCCAUAGCAGGACGCUCAGAGACCCUCCCGUGCUCUACCAGCAAGCUGUCCUCCAAAGAGCCCAGACCCAAAACGGAGGGGCUUGCUGGACGGAGCAGAGCUUCCAAACCUACGACAUGAAGGUCCAGGAGGAGGCAGCAGUGGGAUGAGUUUAGUGGUGCAAGGGAACUGGAAUUAAUUACCGUGUCUCCGAUCCAUCAGAGAAGGGUGUCGAUAUACUGGAUAUUUUUUUGCUACAAACACCAUCACAAUAUGUGACAAAAUAUUUGAAACUUUUAAGCUCAGAUUGGGUCAGCCCGUGGAAAUCAAUCCAUCACUAUAAAUAUAAUAUGGACAUAGCGUCUAGGUUGAAUUUAAUGACCACCAGGGGGCGAAACCAAGCCCUCAGCCUUGACCUUAACUCUACUCUUUUAAGCACUUGUUUAACACUUUCUGGAAAAUCCUAUAGAUCCAUCACUCAUUUCAGAUCUUAUGAAAUCAAAUAUUAACUUAAUUUUAUGUAAACUCUGUGAUUCUGAGAGCCAGAAAAGAGACCCAGAGUGUUAUCACUGGCUAAUGAUCAGUCCCUUACAGUCACAAGACACAAAGAUGGAGAGGGUGAAAAUUCCCAGCUUCAUAACGAGAGUUCACAAACUGGUUUUUGACCUCUCAGUUCCUACACUCAUUUAUACUGAAACCUUCACACUCACUUUUAAUACAAAAACUUUAAUUAUAUCUUUGCCGGAAAAAUUGUCUGAUUUUAAGGAUUUUUAUGAACUACAUAAGUGUGUGUGUGUGUGUGUGUGUGUGUGUGUGUGUGUGUGUGUGUGUGAUGAGUAUUAACAUCUUUGUGAGGACCAAAAAUUGGAAGUUUACUGUACUUGUGGGGACCAAAAUCCCAGUCCUGACUAGUUUGAAGGCAUUUCUGAGACUCAAAAUGUGGUUUUAGUGUCAGGGUUACAGUUAGGUUAUGGUUAGGUUUAGGGUAAGGGUCAGGGUUAGGCAAUCAUUUUUGAUGGUUAAGGUUAGGGUAAGCGGCUAGAGAAACCAUUAUGUCAAUGAGAUGUCCCCACAAGGAUAUAAAUACACACGUGUGUGUGUGUUGAAAUUUGUCGCCUUUAAAUUUGUGUUUGUCUUUUUCCAGCAUGUUUUAAACCCUCAUAAGGAACCUUAAUAAGUAAGCACAUGAAACCAAAUCAAUUUUAUAAGUUUACCCAAAGUGCACUUUUUAAAGGGUCAAAUGAUAUAACAAGUAUGAAAUUGAUAUGAAAAGUCUUAUUAUUAUCUACUUUUUAUUUACUAGUAGAUAAGUCAUCUUAUCUACUAGUCAUCUUUAUGCUGUAAAAAACCAGCUGAUUCUAAAGGGAUCAGGUGGGAAUGUUUUUUUCUUUCUAUAUGUAUCGACCCAAUUGUGAAAACCGUGAAUUAAAGGGAAGUAACAGCAGGAUGUUCAGGUUUCCUUCGACUGUGGUGUGAAAAUAACACACUUUAACAUGAAAUACAACAUUAUGCUUCACUUCAUAUUUCUGCAUAUGAAACAUGCUUAUAGGUUUUCUGUUAUGUUGCUUUUGCUUAAUGUCAUUGUAAAUGUAAAUCAUCAGGCCGCAUAUUGCGAUAGCUACAAUGAAUAAAUAUUGUUAGUAAAGCUUA